AUGUCACCAUCAUUACAAUCGCCAUCAAUAAAUGAUGAUAAUCCAUCAAAUGAAUCACAUUUGUCAUCAUCACCUUCAGCAUUGCCAUCAAAUGAAAUUCACAACCAUGAUACAAGGUUAGAAUUACCAAAAGAACCAUUACACAACCAUGAUACACAAUCAGAAUCGCCAAAAGGACAAUUAGACAACAACGAUACAAAAUCAACAAAUGAACUGCUGUCCAAUGAUAGUUUAGAAUCAUUUUCACCACAACAAACCAAUAAUAAUAAUCAAGAAUUACCAGUUAGUGAACCAAAUAAUGAACCAAAAUCAAAAUCACCCACUGUAAAUAACAAUGGUAAUAAAAGUGAUUGUGAUUGUGGAAAAAGAAGAAUGGAUGCAAUUGAAGAUAGUCUUGAAAACUUUUUCAUAAAAUAUAUUAAAUUGAAUUAA